AUGGGAUCAACCCUGACUGCCUCAUUUAUUCCAGAAGACCACAUAGUGACGAUAACGACCACAAUCACACAUACCAACAUUCUUGCGUGGAAGCUAGCAAAUAGAAUGACAGCCUCAAAAACUACCUCAGGCUCCAGCGCAACAUCCAGCGACUGGAGUUCAGGAAAUUCUCAGUUGAUAUCUGGGUUUUCCUCGGGUAAUAAAAGCAAUACCAAGUUGGCACUAGCCAUUGGAUUAUCUGUUGGACUUGGAUGUGCUCUGCUGCUGAUCCUUGUGAUUCUCUACUUUCUGGUUUACAAAAAAGUUCUUUGCAGUCCCUCUGAGAAAGAAUAUGAUGAGAACGACUACGAAAAUUCAGAUUUCGGGUAUCAGAAGACAGAAAUAUUCAGGGCCGAGCCAGAACGGGACUACUUUGCACGAGUUGGAAACGUUCCACAACCGGCAUGGGUUACAACACCAACAUCUGCAGUACGCAGUUGGUUUCAUCGUCGUAGUGACAAUGUGGAACUUGACAAAAUCGACAACUCGCCCCAGGUAAUGCUGAAGAAGUUCAAACUGGGAGAGCAUGCGGCGUCCGAAUCCAGCUCUAGUUUGGCAUCUUCCGAGAAAAUAAAACCUCAGCUAAUAAGAGCUUCACCAGCAGUAUUACCACCAACCUUGGGCAGAGUUCCAAGGGAACAUCAUUCAGAAAAGCCGCUUCCCCCGGUUCCUGGGAUCGCCCUUAGAGGACUUGAGAGGCCGCAACUUUUGCCAAAAGACAUAUAUCGCGUGCAAAGGGCUUAUGGAAGAAUCAGAAGCGACGAAAUGGGGCUGAAAAUUGGCGAACAUGUGACCAUUCUGAAACGCCACAAAGAUGGGUGGAUGUACGCUGAGAAGGUGGAGCCGUAUGGGUCCACCUGGAAGCUCAAUGGAGAGCGUGGAAUGAUUCCAGCCAUGGCCGUUGGGGCCAGUUUGGAGCGCUAG